AUGUCGUCGACAUUCGACCCCUUCUACGAGACGGGCGAGAAGGCCCUCGGGCAGAUGAAAUUUGUCGAGUACUCGCCAGUGAACAAGGCCAAGGUAUACCGCACGGGACAGGCCGAGCCGAGCAGCCUGCUGCACGACCCGCUCUCGCAGCUCGGCCCGCAAGACGACUGCAUCGUCGUCGUGCCCUUCACCGGCUUCAACCCGCUGCAGACGCAGGACGCCCUCGAGCACGUCGUCCGCGAGUGGGGCAUCCCGGGCGAGAUCUACCGGCACCUCGUGCAGAACCAGGGCGGCGACCGCUUCGAGGUGAACGCGGACGGUGUCCGCUGGCAGAGCUGGCGGAUCCCCGUCGGCGCCUGGCCCUGGGGGCUGCUCACGUCCUACCCGACCUACUUUGCCGUCGGGACGCCGGUGAAUGCCACUUGCGCGCCGCUUAGGGUGCUGGCAUUUGUGGCCAAGGAUCGCAUCAGCAAGACGGACGUGGCGCUCAAGGGGUACGUCCGGGCGGACCUGGCGGGCGUAUCCUGCGAGCUCAAGCUGCUGUACCUGCAGGCGCUGCUCAUUAUGACGGUCAAUGACAACUGGCACAACUGCACGGAGAGUAUCAAGCGCUCCAUACACCGCAAUAUGGGCGCACUGCGCGAUGCUCGCAAAAACGUCUCGUACUCGGAGAGCAUGACGCACGCGAGCGAGUACCAAUUCGUGUCCACGACAAACAUGGUCUAUCUCAAGUCUGUCCUCGACCAUGCGGGCGCCGUCGCAAGCGCGGCAAGCAAGCUGUCCGUUCCACAGUCGUCGCGCGAGCUGCUGCGAGCCACCUGCGACAUUGCCCACAACUCGCAGCAGGAAUUCAUCGACAACCUCACCACGUUUACCGCCUUGCGAGAGGCCCUAGACGCCGAACUACGAAAUUGCGCGGUGGCCGUCCAAAACAACAGCCUCGACUACGUACGGCAGAGCCUCAUCGACAUGCGGCAGGUGUCGCGCAGCAGCCAGAAGCAGGCCGAGGAGAUGCACAAGUACGCCGAGCAGGCCAAGGAGGACACCAGGUACAUGAGGCGGCUGGCGCUGAUAACCAUGUGCUUCCUGCCGUCCACGACCGUUGCCGCCAUGUUCAGCAUGCCGUUCCUCAGCCUCGACGACAGCCUCAGCUUCAAGGCCAUCAGCAAGUUCUGGAUAUUCGUCGUCGUCAGCCUCCUCUUCACGGGCCUCACGUUUGCCGCGUCCUUUUCAUGGGACGUGCUGUCGCGGAUGAAGGCGGCUCAGAACGGGGCCAAGCAGGAGGAGCAAGAUGUCGACAACGCCGGGGACGACCUCAGGCCGCGCCCGCACGUCGACGUCGAGCUGAGCGAAAUGGCCAAGAUUCUCAUGUCCCGGCUGCCCGUCAAGGAGGGGCCCGAUAGCGACGACGACGAUGAUGAUGAAGAUGACGGUGCCGGUGCCGAGUCCGGGGGCGACGCAGAACCAGGGGCGUCCAAGCUGCCCGCCCUCCCGGCGCCGUAG